UACAUAUGUAAACAUAUAUGUAUUUCAUCUAUAUCUACAUAUAUAUAAAGGCAUCUCGUUCGAAAAUCUAACCCAUAUAUCGAUUCUCGUAUCGUGACGGCGACGACAUCUCGGCGUCCGCCAGUGUCCGCCAGUUUAUUGUGUUCAUCAUGGCUUCGACGGAAUCUCUGGGGUGCGACACGCUCGACCUGAGCGGCCAGGGCCUCAAGAAGCUCAGCCGGUGCCCUUCGGACGCUGAUAUUAGCACGUUGAUCAUAGAUGACAAUGAGCUGCAACGACUUGAUAAUCUGGAUUCCUACCAUAGAAUUACGAAGCUUUCAAUAAUCAGAAACCAAUUGCUACGGAUGUACGGUGUGUCAAAGUUACAUAAUCUUGUUACUCUCAAUUUGGCAAAUAAUGGUAUACUCACUAUAGAAGGUAUCAAGGACAUGACUAAUUUGCAAACUCUCUGUUUAGCGGGUAACAAUAUUAAGUCUAUUGAACAUUUACACACAAAUACUAAAUUGGAGCACCUGGAUUUGUCUGAAAACAGCAUCAGUCAUAUCUCAGAUAUAUCUUAUCUGCGAAGUUUAAAGGAACUCUUUUUACAUAACAAUCGCAUAAUUACACUGCGUCAGUGUGAGCGUUACUUGCCUACAUCUCUGGAAACAUUAACAUUAGCAAAUAACAACGUUACUGACUUGAACGAAAUGUCACAUUUGACUAAUUUGAAAAAUCUAGUGAAUUUCUCGAUUGCUAACAAUCCGUGUGUCAGUAUAACAGGUAAUAGUAUUGGGUUUGACUAUCGGCCUUUUGUUAUUAAUUGGUGUAUGAGCUUAAAGUCAAUUGACGGUUAUGCGGUUGAUCCUAUUGAAAGCUUGAAAGCAGAGUGGCUGUAUUCUCAGGGACGAGGCAGACAAUUUCGCGUUGGUGAACACGCCUUACUCGCUCAAUACCUUGCGUCUGUCUGUCCGCUCUCGGGCGAGUCCCUAGAGAACGAGACGGACCGGAAACUUAGACUUAUACUGAGCAAAGCUCAACAUCACCAACAGCAGUUGAAUCAGCAAGGCGAUACCGGGAGCGUGCACAGCUUGAGUAGCGUGGCAAUGAGUCCUUCCCCAGCUGCUAGACGUAGACUUAGUAAUAACAGGACAAAUUCUCCCAGACGACCUAUGCCAAUGUUGACAUACUAUGAAGAUAAAUACUUACAAUCACCAAAAUUUUAUGAAGCAAAAUACUGUGUCUGCCAUAUUCCUUGCAAAGCUUCCUCGAGGAGCUCUGUGAAAGUGAAAUCGCCAGAUCGAAUGGUAUCCAGCUGUCAUACUGAUGCUAUGGUUGCUUCGUGUCAUGGUUUGUUGAGCGAUGAUCAAGAGACGACUCUGAUGACCCAAAGCUUAGAUCCUAAUAUGCUUUCUGGUACAUUGAGCAACAAAAUGUUAAAUAAUAGUUUGCCAAGCAUGGAAGAAACAGCUUCGAGCCCUCUGCAAGCGGCUACAAAGUUACUACCGGUACCGGAAUCUUUGAUGAGUCCAGACUUUCGUCCACCGUCUGGCCUUUCUCGGAUUUUACCAAAGACUCCUACAUCAAGUAAAUUAAACUCUCCUUGUCAAAUUACAAUUCCUAGUAAACCAUCCAUGGAAGGUGAUGGAAAGGCGAUUCCAAUUAUAAACACCGUAAAUCCAAUGGCAAAAUCAAAUAUAAGCUGUAUAAAGGCAAACGCGCUUGUGAAAAGUAGCUCCGCAACAAAUUGCAGCGUCAUGAGACCGAAUGUAGCGAAACCGAUCGUGACACACGCUAACAGUAAAUGUCCGCACAGCGUAAAAAUCAACAAUUACGUUCAGAGCAAAACUUUGUCCACGAAGAAGAGCACGAAGAGUCCCAAUUUAGCCAGGAAUAUACAGCGACCAAAGAGCGCAAGUGAGAAACUUAAGAGCAACUUGAACAAGGAUGAGAAAGACGCUGGAAUUCAGAGCAGCGACGAGGACAGUGAGGUUUGUCAAGCAAAAUUGGAUAGCAUUCGACAUAGGGCUAUUCAGAGAAGACAAGAAGAUAGUAACAAAGAUCAAGAUCAAACAGAAAAGGCUGCUAUUUGUAUUCAAAGAAUAUGGAGAGGCUAUCAUACAAGGAAUCUUAAUAGAAAAGCCACUAGUAUAUUACAAACGAUUGAUAUGAUGAGAACGAAUAAAUACAUCCAGAAAUUAUCGACAGACAUGGAAGCCACGAGAACCGCUCUCGAAAGUGAACACAAGUUACAGUUAUUGCAGAUGCAAGCUAUCAAUGCACUAUGGAAGAAAGUGGUUAGUCUGCAACCGGGUGGCAGUCGAGAAAACGCAUCAAGCGAUAUAGACAAUACUCUACAGCCAAAUGCGGAUGUGGUCAGUAAUCUCGCGCAAACGUGCAAUCUGCUUCAUACUCAGGUCCAACAGUUGCAAGAUUCGAUGACCGAGAUAAAGCGUUGCAUGUCUGGCAUGAAGCCGAGGCCCACUCUCGUCGACAACGGCGUCGCCACUCAAACAGAGAUAUCUGCCGUACAUACACCGGCGGGCGAAGAAAAUACGUUUCCUUAUGGACGUCCUAAUAGACCGCAAAGUUUGCCAAUACAUCAAACGAUACACGAGGGAAACGAGAACAGGAGUUUUGCAUCGAAUCUGGUGGAUAGCGUGCUGAAGAAAGUGUCACAAUCUACUGACACGACGGAUGACGAAGUCAAUACAGAUAUCUUGAAUUCAAACGAAAAUCCUGAGGUGUUGAACUCGAACGAAAAUCCCGAAGUGUUCAAGAAUUGCGAAGAAAUAAUAGAACCCGACCUCAAGCAGGCGGUUGAGAAUCAAACGGCGGAAGAUUAUGAAAAUAUAAUUGAGAACGCAACAAUGCAUGGCGAGGUGUGCGAGGAAAUGUUAUGCAAAGAAUUGCACAAUUUGAUCGAAACGGAAAAUGGAGCAAACUGCGCAGAUAGCGCGAUUAACGGGGACGACAAAGAAAUCUGCUAGAUUUGACUUUGUCGAAUUCUGCACCUAUAUGCCUUGUGAGUAACGCAGUCACGGUAAUAUGAUACGUGCGAAGAGAAGAAAAGCGAACGUCUAAAACAAAAUGCUCAUUGUAAAUAACAAAAGGUAAUUCUACUCGUAACGAUAUUAUAAAAUGAGAUUUAAUUUUAAUUAUCAACCGUUUUAUUACAAAAAGAGAUACUUCGAUCGUGAACAACAAGCUGCCAUUUUGAAUGAAGUAUCUAUGUAAUUUAAGUAAAACACAGAUUGAUAAGAACAACGCAAUAGAAAUGAUAGGGGAGAAAUUCUUUCAAUGACUAUAAAAUGUUCAUCAGAGCUUAUGCAACUUUUGUUUAGAUUAUAAAGUACAUUUUGUGAAACAUUCGUAUUAUAUAUUUGUGUAUUAUCAUAAGAAAUUUCAGAAGUUUUCCGUCCGCUUAUUGACGGUAGUACAUGUAAUCAUAUAAAGCAUACAGUAUAUUUUACCAGAUAUUGUGGAGAAUCCACAAACAUUCCACUUACUUUACUUGUAUAACUAUCUUACCUCAAUAGAAUAAUUUCACAUUAUUUCAGGAAAUUAUAUUCAACAUUUGGGGAAAAAUUAGUUUUUUUUAUUUUAUUUUAUUAAAAAAAACUGCACCAAAUAUAUAUUUAUCAUCAAAUAGGGUAUAUGUUUAUUAGCUUUUAGCUCUUUCACAUCAAAUUGUGUAUUUAUUUAUUUAUCUGUUUAUGCACAGCUUACUUUUAAUAUACAGUAGACAUAUUGAAGUAUUGAGAAAGAAUAACAGAAAUUUGAUUGAAUCUAGUCAAUAUAAAGUAGCUUUUACAUUUAAAUAUAUUGUAGAUAUUUCAGAAUUGUUGUAUAGAUAUUACGUUUUGAAAUAAACAUGACAAAACAUUAUUUGAAUCUAUUACGUCGUUAAACAACACGAUUAAAGUCAUGAAAAUGUAAUUGUAAACUAUUAGUUCCGUGUGAUUAUUGAUACUUAUGCGCGACAAAUAAUUGUUGAUUAAACAACUUGAUAUUCUGCGAAUAUUAUUAUUACGCACACGCGAGCUUAAUAAAUUAAAAAUAUAUCAGCCGUAUUAUUCUAUAUACAAUAGAAUCUCCGUAUUUUUAUUCUCAAUCACUUUUCCCCUUGCACUGCAUAUGCUGUUUAAAAUUUGCUAUGUAAUCACGCAUGCAUAAAAUUAAAAUGCUGUACGCAUAAUUCUACUCAAUUUGGAAUUAGAAUGAAGAAACGGAGAUACGACUGAUAAAAUCUUGCUCGUUUUAAGGUGCUCUCAAAAAUGUAUCUUAUUGUUUGUUAGUAGGACAAUUUGUUUCAAUGUAGAGCAUAAGCUAAAUACGAUAUUUUGUACUCUCUCAAAAUAAGUUAUUCAAUCUCUUAUGCUUUACAAUAUUGCGAAUCAUUGAAAUUCAAAUUCACAACUUCCAUAUGCUCUAGUUUUUCCAAAUAAUUUUUCACGGAAAAUUUUUAGUCAGAUUUAAUUAGUUCUAUCUUUUGUAAAAAAAAAAAUAUUCUAAUAGCUUUGACGAUAUUAAGGACUGAGUUUUCAAUAUAGUAAAAGAACACAAUUUGACAAAAAUUAUUAAAAAAUUUAUGUAAUCUCAAAAUUGGUACAGAUUUUAAAAUAUAAUUUUUCCAUAUAUUUCUAUAUUAAAAUUUUUAUCAAUAAUAGAUCUAAAUGAAAAUUUAGUUAUAUACAAAGUUAAUAUUUUUGAAGUAUGUGUCAAAAAAUUUUGUUUUAUGAAAGUAUAACAAUGUAGACGGAUGUGCUUAGCUUAAAUUUAUAUUUUUGUGAUUUUUCGAAAUAUACAUAUAUGACCAAAAUAAUUUCCUAAAGUGAUAACGGAGUUGAAUAGGUUAACUUGUGAAAUAAAGAUAUAAAAACGUAA